CAAUCGGGGGUGAAAAUCUGGAUUCAUAACAGCAGUUUCCAGAUUCCUGGAGAGAAAAUGCAGACCUGUUGCUUGUAGCACCUUUCAUUAUCUGCGUUGAGCUACUGUAGCGAACAGUUGUUGGACUUAAUAAAGCAGCUGUCACGGUCCCUUGGUUACAUGGCUUUGGUGAAUUGGGGGUUCCCAUUUUAUAAUGGGGAGAAGUUAUUAUGUGGAUGAUGGAGUUGAGAAGUAUUUCUCAAAGCUUAUCCAGCAACAGAAGGCCUAUGUAACAGGGCUACUCAUUGGUCAGUAUUCAUCACAAAGAGAUUAUGCUGUUCUGGCAGCUCAGACACCACAAAAAGAGGACCAAAGUGAAGAAACGAAGUCUGGUUUCUCCAAGCUGGAGGGAAUUGAUGAUGAAUGGGUGUCUAUGCACGCUAGUCAGUUGGGGCACAUGCUUCCUGGUGGCCUAAUGGUGCUUGGUGUUUUCCUCAUGACAUCUCCAGACCUUUCAAAAGAUUCUCAAAAUGUAUUGCGAAAGCUUGUGUUUACAGUUGAAAAGUCAUCAAUGAAGAACAGAUUAUGGAAUUUUGAUGACGAUGAUGUUUCUGAGAGAGUAACUCUUCACAUCUGUUCAGCAACAAAAAAAAUUACCUGCCGGACCUAUGAUAUUAAUGAUCCCAAGAGCACCCCAAAACCAGCAGACUGGAAAUACCAAAGCUCUGGUUUAUCAUGGUUGACCAUAGACUGCAGUGUUCGUGUAGAUGUUACCAUCCCACUUACCUCUUCCUCUUUAACCUAUCAAGAAAGGCAAAAAUCUAUUCGACUUGGGCUUGUUAAAUGGGCAAAAGAAAUAGAAGAUUCCUUGGUCCUUUUUAACGGACAAGUCAAAGAUAAAAGUGCCGAUCUGUUUGAAGAACAGAAAAAGUCUUCUAGAUCCUCGAGUCACUACAGCCCCCAGAUCAUCACAGCAAAUGUUCUCACUGCCGCACCGCUUAUUGACAGCACCAGGUCUACUGCGCUGGUUCAGCCCUGCAAGUCCUCUCUUACUAUUCAGGGGGUUGUAAAGUGUUGUGGGUACAUCCACAGCAACAGGCCAAAAGUGAAGGAUGCCUUGCAGGCUGUUAAAAGAGACAUUCUGAACACAAUCCAGGCCCGUUGUGAAAUGUUAUUUGAAGACAUGAUGCUUAAUGGACCAUCGAAAGGCACAGAAAAUGAGGUUUGCCCACUUCCUCAGCGAGUGUUUGUACCAAUUAAUGGAUCCAGUUUAAAACUCUGUGAUUAUUUGUUUGGGGAUGAAACCUCUUCUGAUUUACAGAGUCACUUUCUUGAGAUAAUGGACCAAGAGGUGGAACAGAAUGAGCUAGAGUUUCCAGAAAAGAAAUGCAGCUGCACUCAACCUGAAGAAAGGGAAAGUGAACCUGUAUCAUAUAAUUUGGAAAGCAAACCAGUAGAUCAAGCAAAUUCCUCUUCUAAAUUUCUCCUAAAUAAAGGUCUGCUAAUCUCAACAGUUGUUGCCUCCAUAGCAGUCAUAAUAUCAUUUUAUUACAUCAUUUAAAACAUUCACAAACAGGACAUGUUGCAUGUUUCCAGCAUUUACAGCAGCCAGUCUGUUGGAUGGAUUCCUUACAUGUGCAAGAAACCAGGACACUACUGGGGACUUAUUUGGAAAAUCUUACUACACUGCUUAGGACUUCUUAAUUAAAAAAAAAGUUGGUUUCAAUUAACCCUCUCUGUAUAUGUCUAUGUAGGUUUUUAUUCAGCAAGUUCGUGGAAUACAGUAUAUCAUAGUGAUAAGUCUAAAGCAAUUGAACUUGUUGAGUAAUGUUGAAAAUUUUUCACCACUCGUCCAGGCGACUUCUUCAGACAACCGAUGGGAAAUUCCCAGGCAUUUAAAGUCAUGAAAUGUAAUCCAAUCACCAUAAUCCAAUUACAAGUACUACACAAUAAAACUCAUUAAAGUAG